GUUUCUGAACCACACUCCAAAUCGGCGAAAAUGCAGAUCUUCGUGAAAACCCUCACGGGUAAGACGAUCACGUUGGAGGUUGAAUCCUCCGACACGAUCGACAACGUGAAGGCAAAGAUCCAAGACAAGGAAGGCAUCCCACCGGACCAACAGCGUCUCAUCUUCGCCGGGAAACAGCUCGAAGACGGAAGAACCCUAGCCGACUACAACAUCCAGAAGGAAUCAACUCUUCACCUUGUCCUCCGCCUCCGUGGUGGCGCAAAGAAGCGCAAGAAGAAGACCUACACCAAGCCAAAGAAGAUCAAGCACAAGCAUAAGAAGGUGAAGUUGAGCGUGUUGCAGUUCUACAAGGUCGAUGAUUCGGGGAAGGUUCAGAGGCUCAGAAAGGAGUGCCCUAACGCCGAGUGCGGAGCUGGAACUUUCAUGGCGAAUCAUUUCGAUAGGCACUACUGUGGUAAGUGUGGACUUACCUAUGUUUACCAGAAGCCGUGAGUUCUAUUGAAUUAGAUUAUUAUCGAACUUCCUUUACAUGUUAUGGAUUAUGGUUUUGAAUUUGGAAGCCUUGACUAUGAGGCUGUUUUUUAAUUGAAAAUUUUGAAUCCUUUAGUUAACUA